AUGGCUCUUAGUUUAGAACUUUUGAACAGAAUGAACGUUCAAACUUAUUACUAUUUAAAAGAUUUUGAACUUGAUGAGAUCGUCAACCAGUAUUCACAUUGUGAGGGAGAUAUUCUGUACGGGAUAAUAAAUCACAACGACUCAUUUUAUGAGAGCAUGGCAGCCAGCAGAAAUCUCAAAGAACCGUACUUUUGUGGUAUAUUUCUGCAGGAUGAGUGCGCAAUAUGGAAAGAAAAAUUUGAAGAAAGUAUGAUGGUGCACGAGUUGUCAUGCGCUCAUAUCUUCCAUUUCAAGUGCUCCUAUUUUUGGUUUGAAAAAAAUUCAUCUUGUCCAAUAUGCAGGAUAGAAGUUGCAGUCUUUAAAUCCAUUAAUUUAGAGCGAGAGGUGAACGUUAUUUUAGAAGGUUUCAAUUUCAAAUACUUAAGCUACGUGCUAACAACGGCUACAUACGUCAGUACCCCAUGA